CCUACUUUCCCUGCACCCUAUUUGGUCGUUUUUCGUGUCGGUGCACCGAAAAAACUGGCCCAGGCUGAAGGGAUCUGUUUGCACAUGCUACGACUCUUCUACAGCCUAGGCGCAAAACGGUGCAUUCGCGAGGCCUGCUCGCCGUCGAUUGGUCAGGAGACUGGGCCGGUCAGGUCUCCUUUCGGUGUCCUUUUCUGGUUGGUCGAUUUCCGCCAAAGCAUCAGUCACGUUGUCCAAUCCGAGCCAAGUCUGCCUCACGGCCUGCCAGGCCUGGAGUUCCUGGCAGGCCGGUUUCGUCAGGGAAAUGAGCUAAAAUUGACCAUCGUCGCCCCGUUUCCGUGUGGGCAACCGGUCGAUCGGCCCAUGCUGGCGCCCAUUCGCCGCCCACAACUCGGCUACCCCUCGGUGUUACGUAAGACCCCAGUUCUCGUCUGUUCAGCCGGAGGACAGGCAAUCGUGUCUGUCCAGCCACGCCUGCACCGCAUCUUCAAGCUAUCCCAGCCCGGCAGAUGCGCUCUGCCUCGUCUACCCGUACAUCUCGCUCUCGCCCCAAUCAGUCUGUACCCAGUUGGCAUUGUCUGA